GUCAGCGUGUGCAGUGAAUGGCCAGCAUUUCACUCCAGUUUUGCUUCUACCAAGAGGAUGACAAGUGUAAGGAUAUGCUUGAUAAACCUGCUCGGGCUGUAUCUAACAUUUUCUGAAGAUCACAGUGGAUUCUGCUUGGAUGCUGUUUGGCAGCCGCCAAGGCCGAGCAUCAGUCAUCUACAGGCUAUCAGUGACAAGCAAACCCUCUUGGUGAGCUGGCUGGUAAACCACAGUGGCUUAGUGGGCGACAUUUAUGAGAUCCAGAUUGGCCGCACUGAAAACUGCACCAUUAUUUACAAUAGAAAUGUGAGUUUAUUUUCGGUGGAUUCAGGCGACUACACAUGGACAUGGACCUCUGAUCUGCCUCUGGAGUGUGUCGAUCACUCAGUCAGGAUACGACACUUCUUUAAUCAGUCUGUCCCGAGUCUCUGGAGCAACUGGAGAACCAACCAUGGAGUCCAAGCAAAGGACAAGACCAAGAUUUUCCCCUAUCAGCGCGUGCUGAGAGAGGGCAACCGUGCCAUGUUCUGCUGUGUUCCCCCAAACGGAGUCCACAUUACCAACAUGACCUUCAAUAACAACCAAUACCCUCUUAUCAGCAUUGGAGCCAGAGUCAAGGCUAUCGCUGUGGACAACCUGACCAUCCCAACAAGAGUAAUCAAAGCUCUGUCACUCAGCUGCAAAGAUACGACAGGCAAGAUGAAUUAUGUCUGGAACUACGUCAGCUUUCCUCCCCAGAAGCCCAGAAACCUCAGCUGUGUGACAUCACACAUGACAGCUGUCACUUGCACCUGGGAUUCAGGCAGAAAACGGUACCCAUAUGAUCGCAACAAGCAAACAAACACGCUCUACAUAGAGAACUCAGACCAGGCUCCCAUCAACUGCGAGCAGUCAUCUUGUACUUUCCCAGCCAUCCCACUGUUUGAUGAAUACAACAUCAGUGUGGUGGUGAAGAACCAGCUGGGAGAGGAAACAGAGAGCUACAGCUUCAACAUUGCUGACAGAGUGUUUCCAGUUGUGGAGUGGGACAGAGUGAGCCCCGGGGUGACAAACGCCACUGUGUCCUGGAUCAUACAGGGGAACUGGUCUCAACUGAACCUCCUCUGUCAGGUCAAUACAGACCCAGGAAGCACCACCGAGCUGAGCUGCAAAGGUGUGACUGGGUUCUGCAAAGACAGCCUGGAACAUCUGCGUCCCAACACCCGCUACUCAACCAGGGUGCGCUGCUCUGUCAAUGGCAGGCUCUGGGGAGAAUGGACACAGCCCAUAUCCUUCACAACCUAUCCGUUGUUGACCUUGGACAUAUGGAGGAGAAUAAAGCAGCUGUCCAACCCAAACAUCCGUCAAGUUACUCUAUUGUGGACGCCGCUUGUUCCUGGCUCAGCAGCUGCUGUGAACAUCCAAGGCUACAUAGUUCGCUGGUCGCACAACGGGCAAAACUGGACAGAGUGGAAGGACAGUGGACAAACCCAGGCAGAGGUCUCCAUCGAUCCAGGACGGUAUGACUUUACUGUUCAGGCGGUUCUCCACACCGGCUCCACCGUCCCUGCUCACAUCACAAUCCCACAGAGGGACGACGGAGAAAAACUCCCAGUAGAGAAGCGGUUGAACAGCAGCACAGAUGCCGGUUUUAAUCUGUCCUGGGACCAGCAGGACACUGUCACCUGUGGCUAUACUGUGGAGUGGUGCAUCUUGGGAGACGCGGUGCCUUGUUCUCUGCGAUGGAUGAAGUUGCCAGAGGGAAACAACACAUUGUCCCUACAUGCUCGACAUUUCAAAGCAGGCCGGAGGUACACAUUUAAUAUCUAUGGAUGCACAGAACAUGGACACAGCCUACUGGAGAUGCAGACUGGAUACUCACAAGAGCUCAACUUUGUACAGUCCCCGACUCUGGUUGAACCUGUUCAGAGUACUUCCUCAUCUGUGACAAUGGAGUGGCGUUACAGCGAGGACGAUCCGGCUCAUUCGGCCUUUGUCACUGGUUACCUGGUCACAGUGCAGGAAGUAGGAACUGAUACGCUGCCUGGACAUCAUCCUGCAAAUCUGUUCAACGUGUCAGUGGCAGAUCCUCAGAGGAAGUCUGUCACCAUAGAGGGUCUGCAGCAGAACCAAGACUAUGUUUUCUCUGUGAGCGCUCUCACUAAGGAGGGGCCUGGACUACCUGCCAGCAUCACCAUCAGGACCAGAACCGACUACUCUGCUCACUUGGCCAGGAUACUGACUCCCAUAGUGUUGCUGCUGUGCUGCAUCAUUUUCCUGUGGCCUCAAGGGAAAAUGCUGAAGAGUUGGCUGAGGGAGAUAUUUGCUUAUCCUGCUGGUAUGAACAUCAAAACUCCGGAGUUAGACAGCUUUCUGCACGAGGCCAGUGAGAGGCUGCAGGCUCAGCAGGUGGAGGAGUGCAGCUGCUGCGACAUUGAGAUCCUGAACACCAGACCUUUUGUGAAUGCAACAACUACACUGAGCGAUCCUGAACCCUUGAGCACACCGCCCCCUCCUGGUUCCCGGUCCCCCCCUUCGACCCUGUCACUCGCCCGUGUGCCGCUCCAAGCAGACUACUGUCCACAGUCAACCACAGUGUUCUGGGACUCAACAGCCCUUCAACAUACGGCGUGCGUCACAAACAAGACUUAUUUCCACACCAUGGAGAAGGAUUUGUCUGAGGCACAGCGAGCCAUGUCCAGUGAAUCAAAUGAACGUUCUGAGAGUCUGCAGGAAUCAUGCAGUGAUGUAUAUGGUUAUAUCUCCAAUGAUGCUUUAUAAGUAUAAAGACCAGCAAACUUCUAUAUCAUACAGUAUGUUUUUUGUCUCCAUUUCAAGAGUAUUCAUACUGUAAAUAGAUGCUUUGUUCAUUAGACAUAAUGUGAAUCUGUUAAAAUUUGUAAUAAUUUUGUAUUUAUGCUUUAUUUUAACAAAUAUGCAUAUUAGAUUUUGACUGGAAAAAUGUAUUUAUCGUAACAUGCUGUAUGUGGAGCAGAAAACACGCAGCAGGUAAGCUGAAGAGUAUUUUAAACUACUCAGAAUAGAGUCCAUAAAUUAUCUGGUGCUGUUCCAAGUGAAAGUAUGCGCAAUAACACAAGAGGAACUCACUGUAAAGUGUGAAGCAACCAGAUGUUAUGUACAGGAUGCAGCUGGCAGCACUGAUGAGUCAGCUGAGUGUGUGCAUCUUUUUCCAACUUUUUCUAUUUUAUAAUACUUGUAUGGUCUUAUCACAAUGUAUUUCUGAAAAUCAGAACCUGUAUUGAAUUGUCACGUCGUAGGAGGUGGUAGAGGUAGUAGAGUAGGUAGCAGAACAAUCCUGAUCUUUGUUUUAGUCAUUUCAAAGGCAUCCCAGGAAGGUGUGGAAUUAUUCUUGCAAGUGCAGCUUCAUGCACACACUACCGGUUUAUGGCAGGAAAUGACUGUGUGUUGCUGUGUCUGUGAGCCAAGAAUAACACAGCUGUGUGUGAGCGUGAUCUUGGUUUUGGUCGGGGUAGAACUCCAGGUAAGAAUAAAG